AUGGCUGAUGGCACAAUCGAAUUUAAUUUGUUUAAUAAAAAUUUUGAUAGAGUUACAAGAUUUAAUCGUGGUAUAUCCUUUUUCGAUUAUGCGAAACCACUGACCGGAUUUUUUGUAUUUAUUUUUUUUGGUGUUGGCAAAGACGCUAUGAAUACUUAUAAAAACCAAAACAGUUCAUCUUACGCCCUUAAAUCAUUAAAUUCUCGAAAACAUUCUAUUGGCGAUAUAAAACUCUCGAUUCCAGGAGAACCUUUUUCGGGACAAGUGAAAUCUCAUAACUUUUUAUUUCUCGAUGGUCAUCGUACACCAACAGAACAGGCUCAAUUUGAUUUGACUAGUGGUAUUCAUUUUAACCUUGACGACAUAUUAUUAGGUUCACCCACUGAUGGUUUUGAUUAUAGUUCAAAAAAACAUUAUUCAUAUAGUUCAAAAAAGCAUGAUUCUUAUAGUUCAAAAAAGCAUAAUUCUUAUAGUUCAAAAAAGCAUAAUUCUAUUUAUCAAACCAAUACGCAUACAAAAUUGAGUUAUGAAACUUUGGAAGGAAAUGCUUCAGCACUCAUUACAAUUUCAAAUUCUUCUCCGACAAUAACCGAUUCUCAAAUCAUCCAAUAUGACAUAAUACACUCUCCACAUGUGGUCGUUACCCCGUCAUCACCCCGUAAUUCAAUUUCAAUAAAUAACUUAUCUAAUGGAAUUAAUGAUUUAUAA